AUGCGCGUUGACGUCUCGGACCUGGCCUGCUCAAGCGGAUUCAAUAAUUUCGAGCUUAUGCAGCGCAUGGAUAGCCCCAAACGCGCGUGGGAGGAGGUAUGGGAGCGGACUGGAUUCAUGCUGGAGCUCAGGGCGGAGGUCGAUGGCGGCGUUGCCGGCAAGGCCUCUGCCCGCGAGCCUUUGGUGCUGUCGAUGCUGCAGCGCUGCGAUGCGCGCACGGGCGAGCCGCUGGCAUUCAAGCUGGUGGUGUCGUCUGAGAGCGACCUGUUCUUUGUGUUUGAGGCCACCGUGGAGCCGCGCCAGUACGGGCUGCUGCAGGAGUCCCAGGGCCUCACGCCGUCCUUCCAGGAGUUCCCCGCACUGAUAGCCUCCCUGGCCGACCGCUGCGACCGCGCCCCCGGCGCGUUCUUUGCCGUGCUGCUGCUGUCGGCCUGCGGCGAGCGCGCGCGCCUGGACUUCGUGCAGGACCUGGACUUCAAGUUUGUCGAGCUCUGCUCCCUCACGUUUGUGGCCUGCCCCGACCGCGUCGUCCGCCGCGCCGCCGGCGCCCGCUACGACGCCGCGCGCGCCCGCGGCGCCGCGCUGCAGGCGCAGCUCGACGCGCUGGCGUCCGCCGUGAAGCAGCGCAACCCCGGGCUGCUCGUUCAAUUCCAGCAGCGCUGGUGCGGCGGCGCCGGCGCCGCGGGCGCGAUCGCGAUUGCGACGGCCGGCGAGGGGCCUAGCGCCGGUGGCACGUCGCCGCCGGAGGCGCAAGGGGCCGGCAGGUCUGUGCGGUUUGGGGGCCUGGCGGCGCCGGGGGCCGUCGGCGCGACGUUUGCGGAUUCGUUCGGGUCGGCCGCCGCCGGCGGCCUCGUGACUGCCGCCAACAAGGGCAGGUCCCCCGGCCGCGGCGGCGCGACGGCCGCGGGGCAGGGCAUCGCGGCGUUCUACGCCUGA